GAAGGGGCCGGUCCCGGACGUCCUCCCCGCCCUCCGCCGCUCGGUGCCGGCGCCAUGGCGGAGCCGGGCCCGGGGGACCCCGGGGCGCUGCUGAGCAGCGGCAGCGAGCGGCGGUGCCGGGCGCGGCUGGCGGCGGCGGCGGCGGGGCGCGGGGCGGCGGCGGCGGCGGCGGCCGCGGUGCUGGUGCCGCUGUGCUCGGUGCGGGGCCGCCCCGCGCUGCUGUUCACGCUGCGCUCCCGCCGCCUGGGCGGGCGCCACAGCGGCGAUGUCAGCUUCCCCGGGGGGCGGCGGGACCCGGCGGACGGCGACGCGGUGGCCACGGCGCUGCGGGAGACGCGGGAGGAGCUGGGGCUGGCGCUGGGAGAGCCGAGCGUCUGGGGGCAGCUGCAGGCGCUGCCCGACCGGCACGGGCUGCUGGUGGCCCCCAUCGUGGCCAACCUGGGCCCCCUGGAGAACCUGACGCUGACGCCCAACCCGGACGAGGUAGCGGAGAUCUUCACCCUGCCCCUGGCUCACCUCCUGCGGGAGGAGAACCAGGGCUACACACACUUCCGCACCGCCGGCCGCUACGGCUACACCCUGCCCGUGUUCCUCAACGGCCCCCACAAGGUCUGGGGGCUCACGGCCAUCAUCACCGAGCUGACCCUCGAGCUCCUGGCACCCGAGCGCUACCGCAGGAAGACCGUGGCGCCGGCCCGGCUCCGCUCCGCCUGACGCCGCAGGGCACGGGGAGGGCUUUGGGGGUCCCCGGACCUCGGUUGUGCGGUUCUCUGGUCCAUGGGGAUGGGGCUGCGGCAGGGACAUGGUGCUGACCCCCCACCCAUGGGUGCUGCUGCCCGUCAUUGAACACUGUGACUCAGUAAAAAGCCAUGUUUGGAA